CAACUCUCGCGAGAGCCGGUUGGCGCGCGGCGGCGUUCGGUGCCGGUGUGCGGGGGCUGCGGGAUGGGGCUGCUGCGGGACUGCGAGGCCGCCUUCGGCUCCACCGACCUCUACCGCGUCCUGGGGGUUCGCCGGGAGGCCUCGGCCCAGGAGAUCCGCCGCGGGUACCACCGCGCCUCGCUCCGCGUCCACCCCGACCGCGCCGAGCCCGAUGCCAAGGAGGAGGCGACGCGGCGGUUCCAGAUCCUUGGCAAGGCCUACGCCGUCCUGAGCGACGCGGAGCAGCGCGCCGUGUACGAUGAGGAGGGCACGGUGGAUGAGGAGGGUGAGGCGCUGCGGGGAGAGCGGGACUGGCAGGAGUACUGGCGGCUGCUCUUCAAGAAGAUUACUGUAAAAGACAUUGAAGAUUUCGAAAAGAGCUAUAAAGAUUCAGAGGAAGAGCUUGCUGAUAUUAAAGCCGCAUACAUGGAUUUUGAGGGUGACAUGGACAGAAUAAUGGACUCCGUGUUAUGCGUGGACUAUACAGAUGAACCCAGAAUACGGAAGAUCAUAGAAAAAGCCAUUGACGAUGGAGAGGUUCCAGCCUACAAAUGCUUUGUAAAAGAGUCUAAACAGAAAAGGACUGCAAGAAAAAGACGGGCAGAGAAAGAAGCUAGAGAAGCAGAAAAGACUAAAGAAGAACUAGGUCUUGGUGAUGAAGAUGACUUGAAAGCACUGAUUCAGAGAAGAAAAGAAGAUAGAAAAAAGGAAAUGGAUGACUUUUUAUCCCAACUGGAAGCAAAAUAUGGGAAUAAGGGUAAAAAAGGAGGAAAGAAGACAACAGCUAAGAAAGGAAAAAAAUAAAGAACUGUGUAGGUAUCAUUUCGGAUGGGAACAUGCAGAUUUGGGAGAAUUUCAGAAUUUUUAUGGACUACUGUUUCGGAGCACAUGUACAUUAACUUGUGUGACUGGGAGGUAUACAGAACACAUAAUGAACAAAGACAAAGCACUGUGAUUCUGAUGUCUAAAAUUCUCGUGGGUGCUCUUUUGUUAACAUCAAACAGAUUUUAGACUAAAAGCUUUGUUACAGUAAGGAUGUGGUCUGAUGUUUGGAAUUGUGGUGUUCGUACACAGAACUGUGUUGAAGCACCUUCCUUCCAGACACCUAAUGCAUAUUAGUACAAUUGAUGUUAAAACAAAGUAAUCCCACACCUUCUGAGAGUCUUCAGUGGUGGUUACUGUGGUUUCUGAGUUGGAGACCUUACCUUUUUGCUAUUCAGACAUUUCUUUUGUAAUAAACCUCCUUGUGUUUUUAAAGGUCUUUGCACUUAGCUGGAACAGGGGUUUUUCAGAUAUUCCAGUGCUUUUAUAAAGAUACUUGGAAAAUUGCAAAUUUAAUAAAGGAAAGAUGGGUUUUUUUUUUUCAGAAUUCUGUGCUAUGUUGUUUCUCUAGUCCUCUUUACUUUUUCUAAGUAGCUGUUUAAAACAAAGUGAUCAUGUCAAUUGAUCUGGUUUAAGAAAAUAGUAUCUACUUCUACAGCAGCUGCAACUAUGGCUACAUUAACUGGCAUCACUGCUGAUUGUGCCACGUUAGCUAUGACUAGUAGCCACAGUUAGUAGUAGUGACCACCUAGUAGUAGUUAGUAGUGACCACCUAGUUUGGUCACUACUUGUGGUAGAUGCCUUAGGAAUAAUUCAGGACUGCAGCAUCUAUAUGACUGUGCAGAAAUCCUCUAACAUACUGAGGUGAGGUAACAGAAUGGAGAUGAUUUGGUCUAUUUCUAGGGUUUGUGAUGUCCCAUGACAAGGAAUUCAAAUGUAUUGCAUAUUAUUCUGGUAACAUCACAGUCAUCUGGUGAAGGACAACAGUGAUGAGCUACCUCCCUGUAUUUGUCAACACUUCUGUUAUUUCAGACACUAAUUGCUUCUGGAAGAUGUGCAAAUAUUUUGGAGGUUUUUACUUCAGCUGAUUUUAAACCCCAUGAUGUAGAGUGCAAGGGUAUGAAUUUGAAGGACAACCAGUUUUCAGCUUACCCUGUGGCUCAAAGAAGUGAGGCUGGCUUUAUUGUGAAUCAUUCUGCAAGGGCUUAUGAGCCACAGUGUGGAGAGUUACUUUUGUAGUGAACAUCCUUACUGCAUUCAGGAACUAACUUUAAUAGAGCUUUCUGGGGGAGAAACUAGAGGUAGAUGGUAACUGUUCUUCAUUUACUUGGCUGCUUGCAAAAAACUACCCUGAUUCUGAGAGAGUACAGCCUAUCUUGUGUAGCCUGUGACUUCAAUGUUACUUCUAGUAUGCAAAAUAGAUGCCUAGCAGCCCAAGAGAAGUCUCUGGUGUCAGGCAUUUGUACAGAAAUGAAAUUCAAUUACCUUACUAAUCCACUAGCUCAUUCAGGCAAUAAAAUACAAUACUAGAAGUCUAUUCUAGUUUAUCUGUGUAUUUUUAUAACUUGUGCACUAGGGCUACAGAAUACUAACCUGUCCCUGAGGAAUGGCACUGUUACAAAUGGGAUGCUU